AUAUUCGUAUAAGCAAAGUGGGAUUUUGAAUGAAAGGUUCUAAUUGAAAAUUUAGCAGAUUCUUUCGUUCUAAUCUGAAAUCAGGCGCUGUAAAGAACAGUAGCAACAUAAAUCGUUGUUUUAUGCGUCUAAAUAUAUUUAAAGAUAUAUUAAAAUUUUUUGUGUGAAAAUAAAAGUUGUAUUAUUACCCGGCAUUUAGUAUAAACAUUGUGCCGGAGCUAAGAAGACACUUGCAUUAGUAACGUAUUCUUGUAAACAAUUGCAAAAAAACUAUCAAAAAUGAGCCGCAGGAAGAAGACUAAGGUUGAGUUCAGAGAAAUGGAUGAGAAGUACGGACAGCCAAUGGAAGAAGAUGAAGCUCCAGACACCCCAGAUAAAAGUAAGGCAGCAGGCACAGCUACACCAGAGAAGAAACCGCAGGCAGCUGCCUUGGCACCAGACGCUCUGAAGAAGGAGGUUCUUCUACCACCAGCAGAGCAGGCACCCACUCCUGCAGCCCCGCCCACGGCACAGAUAACUGUCAAGUCGGAGAAGGAUGAUGAUAUAGAACCUGAUUCUGAACAGGAUGAUCCAACAGGCCUAGAAGGUGCCGCCUUCCAGAGUCGCCUUCCUUUCGACAAGAUGACUGCAACAGAAGCUGCUUGCUUCCCUGAUGUCGCAAAUGGCCCUCCUCAGACACAGAAAGUUUUCCUUCAUAUCAGGAACAGACUGCUGCAACUCUGGUUGGAAAACCCAAAGCAGCAGCUGGUGUUUGAGAAUGCCCUGCUCCAGGUGGAACCACCGUACAACAGCGAUGGUCCACUCGUUAUGAGAAUUCAUGCCUUCCUCGAAAGACAUGGGUUCAUUAACUUUGGAAUUUUCAAAAGAGUGAAGUUGCAGAAGAAGCACGGCAAGGUGAUCGUGAUCGGCGCUGGCAUCGCCGGUCUGGCUGCCGCUCAGCAGCUGCAGCAGUUCGGGAUGGAGGUGGUCGUGCUGGAGUCCCGGGACAGAGUGGGUGGUCGCAUUGCAACCUUUCGCAAAGGAACGUACAUCGCGGAUCUGGGCGCGAUGGUGGUGACGGGACUGGGCGGGAAUCCCGUCACUGUUCUCUCCAAGCAGAUCAACAUGGAGUUGCACAAGAUAAGACAGAAGUGUCCACUGUAUGAGUCAAAUGGAAACACGGUUCCCAAGGACAAGGAUGAAAUGGUUGAGCGAGAGUUUAAUAGGCUUCUGGAAGCUACCAGCUACUUGUCACAUCAGCUGGAUUUCAACUAUGCUGGUGGGAAACCUGUUUCACUAGGACAAGCCCUAGAGUGGGUUAUCAAGUUGCAAGAAAAGAAUGUGAAAGAAAAGCAAGUUCAACACUGGAAAGCGGUGGUGUCGCUUCAGGAGAAGCUGAAAACUAAUCAGCAUAGGAUGAUAGCAUUGAGAGAGAAGAUUGAGGAGAUGAAUAAGCAACACAAGGACCUAAGCGACAGUAAAGGACAAAAAGACAUCACGCAAGAGUUUGUGGUUCGUUCUAAGCUCAGGGACCUCAGCAAUGCUUGCCGAGAGUGGGAUCAACUCUUGGACCAGCAGAAGGAAAUUGAGGGAAAACUUCAAGACCUAGAAGCCUUACCACCAAGUGAUGUAUACCUGUCAUCGAGGGACCGCCAAAUAUUGGACUGGCACUUUGCAAACCUUGAGUUUGCAAAUGCUACGCCCCUUUCCACCCUCUCGCUGAAGCACUGGGACCAAGAUGACGACUUUGAGUUCACUGGAAGUCAUCUAACAGGUAAGAAAUAGUGUUCAGCAUGCCUCAUCCCGUUGGUAUGUAACUUUAUUUAUUUAUUUUCACUUUUUUCUUUGCAAUGGUAUUUUAUAAAAAUUAUUGUUCUCUACCAUUUAAAAAGAAUAACUUUGUUGUUAACCUGCUAAAACAAAUUAAAGUGGAUCAUAAUUAAUACUUCUUCCACCUUGAAAUAAAUGGUACUGUUUUAUUUUGUAACUAAAAUAUUAUGUUUAACUACCUGGUACACGAACAGCUUAUAUGAUCCCAAAAAUCACAUUUUCGCUGCUAUAAGAAGAUCUUAGUAGGAAAACACAAAAAAAAUAGCUACUUCAGUUAUAUAAAACCAUCCACCAGAUUCUGCCUUAGAUGUAACUGUCACUCCAUCAAGAUGCUACAAAUCACAAACCGCCACCAGGGUCCCAUCACCUGUGCCAUCCUCUGAUAAGUUCUAUCUACAUCAUCAUCAUCUAGUAUAUUCAAGAUGCCUUGGUUCUCAGAAGUAAUUUUCUCGCCACCGAACCAAGAAAAGCCGAAACAGAAAAAGUCUUGAAGAAAAUUACACAGAAACUAAGGAAGAUGGAUUGGAUUCUGUGUGCUCGGCAUGGGCGUAGAUCCCGGGAAGGGGAGGGGGGAAAUGUCAGUGUUUAAUGUAGUAGAUUGUUGUCAAGCAGUUGUUUAUAUUAAUGGCAUUUCUCUCUUUUUUUUGUGGUUAUAAUGAAACAUUCUUGCCUAGUGUUUAGCUAAAAUUUUACAUAAUAGUUAUUAAAAUAUUUUUAAAGGUGUUUGGAUUGAAAGUGAGUGAGAAAACCAUUGGCGAUUCCCCGUUUUAAUUUACCAACGUAUUUGUUAGUUUCGGCCAACUAUCCAGAACAUGGGCACGCGUAUUCAUUGCUCACGUGGAACUCGAACCUGGGACCACUUUGCGUGACGACUGUCGUUCUCUUCCACCCAAUACGGCAACACGUGAUCGCGUUCUCCCCUUUCGCUGCCUGCCGCGGAACCCCGAGUGUCUUCUGUUCCGUGGCUCCACCUCCCCCCUCCCCGACUUCUCCUUCUUGUUUUACGGCGGUCGUGGCUCGUCAGACCUUUGCGCCGUGCAUACAUUUGCGGUGACCUCUCAUGCGGCGCACGUCCACUCCCUCGCCUCACUCGCCUUGUUUAUGGUCGUUAUGUUGCAAGACACGAGUGGUUUGCAAAGUCAGCGAAAAUAAACCAACAUCCUCUUUGGUUUCGUACUGAUGGCUGUGCUGGAGGGAAUUUGACUCCUCCGUAGACUCUAAAAGUUUAUUGGGUAAGAUUUCCAAGCAUGUAAUGGAAUGGAAUUGUAUGGAGGAUUUACCGUACAAAUAUGUUAUACCUUCUACAUUUGUUCAGGAAAAUGUCAAAUGCAAAGGAAACUUAGAAACAGAGACCCACUUCGAUUGGCAAAACAAACCAGCCACUCAGAAGGCUCUUAUUUGUCCACAGCUGCAGCCGAUCAGGGAAAACACUCCCCUUUCAGGCGAGAGUAUUUAAAGGCAAGAGAAUUUCCUUAACUCAGUAGGUAAAGGCUACCUUGAAGACGGUGACUGCAAGGACGACCGAAACGGUUGUGAAAUCUUCAACUGCGAACCCAGAAGCCAAGCAACUUCAGACAAUGGCCGCGAAAAACUUGCGAUCCUUAUUAAUGUAGCUAUAACUUACAUUAUAUGUUUAGUAAUGCAGCCAAAACUUUUGUUACAGUGUACGUGCGCUGUGGUUAGCACGUGAGAUUCGUAACUUAAUGCUGAAGGGAAUGGUUCCCAGCGUGUAAGGGUUUCCAGCGGGGAACGUUACAAGCGGACGUGUCCGCCGUCAGCGUGGACGCGCGCGCUAAGCCUCAACUCCCGUGGUCGCGGUAGUCGUGAAUCGAGUUUACGAGCACUGCGUCGGGAUGUGAGAGGUGCUAAGCGCAUUAUGUUCCUUGACAUAUCGUCGCCUUUGAGCCUUCCUGUGCUCAAUUCUGUGACUUGAGAUUUAAGGGGGUCUUUGUUUCUGCGAAUAUCGUAGGGCGUAUUCAGGACACAAUGUGUAUUUGCGUGAAAAAUCUUUUAAAAUUAUGAAAAUAGCAUGGAGGAACCAUUAAUUUAUUACAGGGUGGCGACCAACCGGGAAAACCGGGAAAAGUCAGGGAAUUUUGCCAGCAGGGAAAAGUCAUGGAAAAGUCAGGAAAUUUUGCAAAUAGUCAGGGAAAAAAUUAAAUCUUGUCUAAAGUUCCUGCUGCAGCAUUUUACAGCUUAAUAUUAUUCAUAGUCUUUGUUAAUUGUAUGUAUCGAAUUAUUAACUGAAUUUCUGAAUACUAUAAUUUAUACGAAGUUUGACAUUUUAAUGAAGCCAUUUUUGAUGACGCGGGUCCAUGAAAAACACUUUGCUGUGUUUGCGUUGCUGAUAACAACUGGCUGGCGCGCGCGCGCAAGCAUUGUAUUGCCACCAUAGUAAUGGUACGUGUACCAAAUUAUUCUAUGCUUACUAGUUUUAUAACUCAUAGUACACCGAUAUGACAGAGAUAGUUUUAUUUUUGUUUCUCGUAUUAUUGGCAACUGUGGUACAAGUACACGAACGUUUUGGGAUGAAAACGUGUGUUUUUUUUUGUUCCCAGUCGUGUAGUGCUUCUCUACGUUUUAUUUUUCAGAUGUACUAUUUAUUUUAUUUUGCUGUCCUCUUUGUGUAAACGUUUUGAUUAGUGGUGUGUACAGGUUUUCAGUAUUAUUUAGUAAACUAGUCGGGCUUUGUUCUGAAGAUAAAAAGGAGAGAAUAGAAGUAGAAGACAAAGAUGAAGAAAAAAAAACAUGUGCGCGGGAUCAGAUAUGAACGUGUGGGCUUGGGAAGAAUAUUGCCGUUGCUGAAAGCUAAGAGUAAAGGUGAAUAAUGAGUUAAAGUGUUUAUUUGGUUAUAUUAAAAUUUUUAGCCCUUUACUUUUAUGGAGUAAACCAUUUUUUAAAUGAAUUCCAAUACAGGAUAAGAAAAGUGAAAGGUAAAUAUUAAGAGUAGCUAAUCAUUAGACUUGCGCAUAAUAGUUCGCGACCGGGAGCGCUCCUUUAAUGCUGGAAUCACAAUGCCACGACGACCCGACACGACAGGCCCGACAAGUUCAAUAGCCAAUGAAAUACAAGCUCGCCGUUGCAUCAGCCCGACAAAAUACGCACCCCGACGGCCCGCAAGGAAUAGAUUCUAUUCCUAAUUUCGUCGUGUCGGGCUGCCCGACAGAAAAGAAAACGGCAACGGAAAAAACAGUACAGAACUAAAUUUCAAAAAUAUUUACCUACUUGGUAAAUCUUUUUGCUGAAAAGUGAAAUUUCGUUUUACGUGUGGGUGAAUUGAAAAAUUUGUAGCUUGCCUUAAGGCCUUUUCACAAUACCGCGAUGCGACACGAUCUGGCGACGCGAUGUAGCGAAGGCAGCGACGUAAAUAUAUGUCGCCAGCUAGUGCACUUCAUAAUAGCGCGACGCGAUCGCCAUGCAGCUGGCGAAAAAAACCGAACCAGCCUGCACUCUGCUGGGGAUAUUUUACAACAUGGUUGUAAUCAAAAGUUUUUGGCGGUAAUAUUCAGAUUGUUGUUAUUAUAUUUGUACACUGACUGACUGGUAGAAGCAUUUAAUUAUGGAUAGGAAUCGCGAAGCCCAUAAUAUAUUUCUAACCAAGCAUUAUUUUUCUCCGUCUGAUAACAAUAUUUGUUACUAGAAACAUCGUACAUACACGGCUUUUUCUGAACUUCAUCAAUCAGACGCUCUUCAAAACUCAUUUAAAUUGAACAAAAUCCACGUGUUGUUUAGUAACAUUACUUAGAUGCAUCAAUACAUCGUUUCUUAACUCUUGUUUUCAGUUCUUCUUUACCACAAUCUUGUUUCUGAUUGGCUGUUAUUUCUGACGUCAUUAGCGACAUCGCCGAAGCGACGAAACAGCCUCGUCGCCAAGUGAGCUGUCGCCCAUCGCGGGCGAUGUAGUUGUGAUUGGCUGGUUUGGUAUGACGUCACGUCACAUCGCGUCGCGGUAUUGUGAAAAGAGCUUUAGUCUGUUUGUAUAAACAUAAACAGUUAUAAUCGUGUUUAUGGUUAAAGACGUUAGUUUAGAAUCCAUCUUUUAACAUUUCGUUUCUUUUUAAUUCUUCGCACAGCUAACAUCAGGAGUAUUUUUCUUCCCCUCACUGACAUAUCUUUAUCUUGUUUCCUUGUAACUAUAAUAAACUACUCUUUGUUUUACGAAUCAACUUAACCUUACUUCGUAUCGCAAACGACUAAAUGUUUUUUUGCACUUCAACUGUCAAUAAUAAAUAAAAGAGCCUACUUUGUUUUUAGCGCAUUCUAUAAUGCAUUUUAAUUGAAGUAUUUAGCUUGGCACGAUUUGCCGAAGGCCAAAUUGAAAAUCGUCGGGUUAUUUUUGUCGUGGUAUUGUGACCCUACGCUUUUAAAUCUGUCGUGCUGAGAUGCUGCAUGACAGUUUGUCGGGCCUGUCGUGUCGGACCCGUCGGGGCAUUGUAAUUCCAGCUUUAGUUCGCAGCUCCUUGGCGAACUAGGUCGCUCUUUUAGUUCGUCCGCUCCCAUCUCGAAUUCAAAGAAGACAGGUCACAGAUAGUUCGUUCGCUUUGCUACCGCUACUGCAGGCGAUCUUCUUUGUAUGUUAUAGUAGUUAUUUUUUAUAAUGAUCAGUGUUGUGAACGCUUAGAUUAUUAUCCUUUUUUAGGUUAUUAUACAUCAAAUGAGUAAAUAAAACAAUAAUUUUUACAUAAUUGGGUAAAAUGGCGUAUAUAACAGUUCUGUUUUUAAUCUUCACUUAACAUACACUAUAAUCGAAAUUUUUUUUAAGUGUUAAAAAUAUUCAACAAAAAAUGUGUUAUUAUUUACAGGCAACAAAAUUACGUACAUUAUUAAGAAAAAAGACCCAUUACUCUUCUAAUUUUUUACCUUACAAUUAGACAUAGAAAAACUAAUCAAAACUCUUAAGUAAGAUUGUUUGCUAAUAUUGCUUAAGAAUGUGUAUGUUCAUUAGGACCUAUAUAUAAUUCACUAAAUAUUAGCCAUUUCAUCAUCACUUAACAUACACUAUAAUCGAAAAA